CCGGGCUCAGCUCCCUGCCCGCCGCCUCCCCUCCUUCCUGCUCGGCGCACGUCUGAAUCCGUGUACCCUUCUGGUCCCGCCAUGGCCGCGCUCUCCCGGAAUCCGCAGUUCCAGAAGCUGCAGCAAUGGCACCGCAAUCACGGCGCCGAGCUCAACCUACGCAGCCUUUUCGAGGGCAACAAGGAGCGCUUCAACCGCUUCAGCCUGAACCUCGACACCGGCCAUGGGCAUAUUCUGGUGGAUUACUCUAAGAACCUUGUGACCGAGGAGGUGAUGCAGAUGCUGGUGGACCUGGCCAAGUCCAGGGGUGUGGAGGCCGCCCGGGACCACAUGUUCAACGGGGAGAAGAUCAAUUUCACCGAGAACCGGGCAGUGCUGCACGUGGCUCUGCGGAAUCGGUCGAACACUCCCAUUCUGGUGGACAGCAAGGAUGUGAUGCCAGAGGUCAACAGGGUUCUGGACAAGAUGAAGGCUUUCUGUCAGCGUGUCCGGAGCGGUGACUGGAAGGGGUACACAGGCAAGACCAUCUCAGACGUCAUCAACAUCGGCAUCGGCGGCUCUGACCUGGGACCUCUCAUGGUGACAGAAGCCCUUAAGCCAUACUCUUCAGGAGGUCCCCGGGUCUGGUUUGUCUCCAACAUCGACGGGACCCAUAUUGCCAAAACCCUGGCCGCCCUCAACCCUGAGACUUCCUUGUUCAUCAUUGCCUCCAAGACCUUCACCACCCAGGAGACCAUCACCAACGCAGAGACGGCAAAGGAGUGGUUUCUCCAGUCGGCCAAGGAUUCGUCUGCCGUGGCGAAGCACUUUGUUGCCCUGUCUACCAACACGACCAAAGUAAAGGAGUUUGGAAUUGACCCUCAAAACAUGUUCGAGUUCUGGGAUUGGGUAGGCGGACGCUACUCGCUGUGGUCAGCCAUCGGACUCUCUAUUGCCCUGCACGUGGGUUUUGACAACUUCGAGCAGCUGCUCUCUGGGGCUCAUUGGAUGGACCAGCACUUCCGCACAGCACCCCUGGAGAAGAACGCCCCCGUCCUGCUGGCUAUGCUGGGUGUCUGGUACAUCAACUGCUUCGGGUGUGAGACGCAGGCCUUGCUGCCCUACGACCAGUACAUGCACCGCUUUCCUGCCUACUUCCAGCAGGGUGACAUGGAGUCCAAUGGGAAGUACAUCACCAAGUCCGGCACCCGAGUGGACCACCAGACGGGCCCCAUUUUGUGGGGAGAGCCAGGGACCAAUGGCCAGCAUGCUUUCUACCAGCUCAUCCACCAAGGCACCAAGAUGAUACCGUGUGACUUCCUCAUCCCGGUCCAGACCCAGCACCCGAUACGGAAGGGUUUACAUCACAAGAUCCUUCUCGCCAACUUCUUGGCCCAGACAGAGGCCCUGAUGAAGGGGAAAUCAACGGACGAAGCACGGAAGGAGCUCCAUGCUGCAGGAAAGAGUCCAGAGGACAUUGAGAAGCUGUUACCGCACAAGGUCUUUGAAGGAAAUCGCCCAACCAACUCCAUUGUGUUCACUAAACUCACACCCUUCCUUCUUGGGGCCCUGAUUGCCAUGUACGAGCACAAGAUCUUCGUCCAGGGCAUCGUCUGGGACAUCAACAGCUUUGACCAGUGGGGAGUGGAGCUGGGAAAGCAGCUGGCUAAGAAAAUCGAGCCUGAGCUUGAUGGCAACGCUCCAGUGACCUCUCAUGAUGCUUCCACCAAUGGGCUGAUCAACUUCAUCAAGCAGCACCGUGAGGCCAGAACCUAGGACACUCAUGCUCAGCUGCAGCUCCUAUUGUGACGGUCCUUCUUGUCCCUCCUCACCAGAGUCUGCACUGCAUGGUCCUGCAUCUCUCCACCCAGAGCACCUUCUGGUUGUGGGCUUGGACAACAAACCCUUCUGAGGAAGUUGGUCUGGAACUGCCACUCGAAUCCCUCUCUGUCUGCCCUCCCUGUUUUACAGUUGGCUAAGGUGUUUCAGUGCAGCUGAUCAGCUGAUUUUUCUGACCCAUCUUCACAUUGUUUGGGUUCCAGGUAGAAAAAUAAAGAUGCCACAAAGGAG